AUGAAAGAUGUCGACGGGGAUGCCGUGUCGGUGUCAGUGGCUGGGAUUGCCGACAGUGGACUGGUUCGGUACUUGGAGGCGGGAUCGGCAGCGGGACGGAACAAGCCAUGGCGCGCAUGUGCCUUAGAUGGAAGGGAAUGUGGUCACAUAAUUAGAGGAGUGCAACGUCAUGCUGGCUUUUGA